GCUGGAUUGGGACGAGAAAUGAUGCUAAUUUCCUUGCUUGUGCUAGGUUUUUAGAUGCAAGGGGGCAGCUUUAGUUGGUUUUUACUUGUUCCUGGUAGUUUAUUGCUGCUUCCCUACAUGGUUGGGGGGCAGGGUAGCAAGCUUAUAGUUAAUUUGCAAAACCACCAAUUCAAUUUAUUGGAGGCUCCUCCGGAAGAGGCCUUUGUCAGAAGAACCCUUAUGAGAUCUGAAGGAUCAAGAUUCCGGAUAGAGUCAGGUUUGCCAAAGAAUCUUGCAUAUUUAUUAAUUAUUGGGGGCACAGCAGCUGUUUUUCAGUUGAGAAUUGAACAGGUAAAGAAAAUUGGUCGUGGACUCGCCGAAGCUCUGUAUUUUGUUUUGGGUCAACACCGAAGCCGACGCCCCGUUGGCCAAUCAGUUGUAGAAACCGUUUAUGGCUACAGUGGAGAGUUCAUGACUAGAGUUGUUUCUGCGGCGGUAGAAGCUACUUUGUUUUUCUUUUCUUUUCAAAAUAAAAAAUCUGGAAGGUACCGUCACUCACAGGUUUGCCCUGUGAAAACUUUACCAGAGUCUCUAGUGUCAUUUGGAUAA